UUAAGUGUGCACUUUAAGAGAUAGAGUUUUGUGGUAAGUGGAUUAUAUCUCAAUUUUUUUAAAGGAGGGGAAAGUGACGCUGAUGGAGAAGAAUUGGGGUAACUGAAACAAUGAAAUGGUAUCGCCUGUCCUCGCCGCAUUCACCUGAACCAAAUUUGGGCCCAAGAACAGUGCACCUAGAAAGCCUGUGGGGAAGCGAUGCUGGGGGCAGGAUCUGGGAAGAAAGCCAUCUCAGGAUUCGAAAGGAAUGCGGUUUAAGGUGGCGGCCGAGGACCGCCUAGCACGAGGGAGGCGUCCAUAAGCUCAGAAGUUGGCCCGGCCAGAGGAGAUUUAAAGGUUGGAGCGCAGAGACCCUUAAAGAGGCCCGGGCCAAUUCCCAUUCAGCGUCCACCUUAAAGCCAGCUCCCCAGCUCGGACCCGGGUCUGACCUACGAGAAACAUGGCAACCAGCGCUGUUCCCAGUGACAACCUUCCCACGUACAAGCUUGUGGUGGUGGGAGAUGGGGGUGUGGGCAAGAGUGCCCUCACCAUCCAGUUUUUCCAGAAGAUCUUUGUGCCUGACUACGACCCCACCAUCGAGGACUCCUACCUGAAACAUACAGAGAUUGACAAUCAGUGGGCUAUCCUGGACGUUCUGGACACGGCUGGGCAGGAGGAGUUCAGCGCCAUGAGGGAGCAGUACAUGCGCACGGGGGACGGCUUCCUCAUCGUCUACUCCGUCACUGACAAGGCCAGCUUCGAGCACGUGGACCGCUUCCACCAGCUCAUCCUGCGUGUCAAGGACAGGGAGUCGUUCCCGAUGAUCCUUGUGGCCAACAAGGUCGAUCUGAUGCACUUGAGGAAAAUCACCAGGGAGCAAGGAAAAGAAAUGGCAGCCAAACACAAUAUUCCAUACAUAGAAACCAGUGCCAAGGACCCACCUCUCAAUGUCGACAAAGCCUUCCAUGACCUCGUGAGAGUCAUCAGGCAACAGAUUCCGGAAAAAAGCCAGAAGAAGAAGAAGAAAACCAAGUGGCGGGGAGACCGGGCCACUGGCACCCACAAACUGCAGUGCGCGAUCUUGUGACAGGCCCAGAGUCCAGGCCUGGGGCCCAGUAACGGUGGCCUGGCCAGCCCUGGGGACCCUUCACUGCCCAACUGCACUGAAACCAUUUCUAACCACGACCCUUGGGCCAAGGACUUGGCACAGGAAGGGAGAAGGGGAGGGUGGGCAGGGAACAGAUAGGGCAUAGGCUUUCCCAUCUCUCACAAGGGACAAGGAAGCCACCUGUCAACAGAAGCAGCAUUUCCAGGCCCCCCGUGUGUCAGUUCAGCAGUUCCUCCCCGUCUUUGGUCAGCGUGUUGUUUCUUUUAACUUCAUAGUAUUGGCUUGACGUGGAAGUGUUUACCCACAUAUAAAGUACAAAGCUAGCCAUGAAUAAGCCUCCUUCCCUUUCCCCCCAGUCCACAGUGUCUGGAGCUUGGGUAGAUUUUUAAAUUAUUUUAGUGAUUAUUAUUUUAUGAAAGGGGUCUGGGCCCACUCCCUGGUGAAGAUUCAGGUUUUCAGCAGACCUCUCUGGUGACAUGUCUGGAUUAUUUUUUUUUUAACUAAAUUGUCCCAGCAGUGACAAAACUCAACUCAGUGUGAAAGCAGAGUGACAGAGGGGGCAGAAGUUAAUGGGAAUGGUAGCUGAGGGAAACAGACCCUCCUAAUGGCCUAGAAACUGGAGAGAAGAGAGAUGUGCUACCCUGAAGCUUUUGCUGUGAUAGAAGAUGCAGAUAUUAAAAAACAGAAUUUUAUUUUGCUAAGGGGAGUGGUUGGCACAAGCAUGUCAGUUCAAAGAGGGGUUUUCAUGAUUCUAGAAAUGUAUAAAGUGAGCUGAUUAUGCAAAAGUGUUUAUUUUUUAGACAGUGUGGGUUAAGUUCUGUGUUCUUCCCCGACAUCUGAGAGGGGUUCUCAAAUCUGUCUCUGAUUUCUCACAUUACCGUGCUGCUUGGUGCCUCUCUGAUAUAAACACAUCAAGGUACUCUUACGUGGACACCAUCCAGAGAACUCUAAUUCAUGCUGAAUCCUACUCAAACAAGAUUCAGUACUGUUAUCACUGGAACAGCACCAACACCUGAAGCCAUUUUCCCUUGGAGUCAAGUGACCGCCCCCUCCGUAAGCCCUAUAAAUGAGCAAACCCCUUCCUUUAUUUGCAGACUUAGUGCUAGGUGGCCUUUUUGGCCAUUUUUAUUAACCUGAUGGGUCUUGACUAAAACAUGAUCAACAUGAUCAGAGGAGAAAGGAGGGUUGGGCUGAUGACGUGGCUUCCAUACACCUUUUGAGAGGGGACAGUCCUCCAACUCCCUGACGAGGCCCACUCCACUCUCAGGUGCUGCUGUUGUGAGCCAGAGACUGGGAUUUUUUCCAGCUAGGGUGGGAGUAGAUGGGCAGCAGGAACAACAGUGUACCCCGAGAGAAAGUCAAAAGAUGAAGUGGCACAGCUAGUGACCUUAUUUUCCAGGUUUUACAAGUCAGGUCACCAUGCAAAUCCCCAGCAGGUGGCCUGGCCACUCUGGAAAAAGGAUGUCAAGGAAAGUGAGCGUCCAACUGGAUGUCAAGGAAAGUGAGCGUCCAACUGGAUGUCAAGAUUCUUUUGUGGUUCUGAAGGUGUGUUGAGUUCCUAGCUCGGCAAGAUCACUAGCACCGAGGGGCCAGCCACAGAGUGAUUCUGCUGCAGAAGGAAACAUUUGGGACUUUUACUAGUUGGAAGUCAAACUCAUUUGUUUAAGUGGCCCCUUUUUCUAUUCCUAAAAGAAAGAAUAGGAGAAAACAUUCCAGACGAGGUGCUUCAGAGCUUCCCAAGGCCUUAUAAUACUGGUCGGCAUUUUAAACACUGAAAGGAUGAGGCUCUACCCAGCCCUUAAGUCCCCCUACGCUAGGACUGCAACAGGCACGUGUACAGUUCUACAGCAGCUGCGAAUCAGAGGGAGGUGGAGGAAAAACAGGUGGGAAGAAGUGAGGAUGGAGGUGCUUGGAGUCGAGAACGUGGUGGAGUAGGACAGAAAGCCCUGCACGUGUGUCCACUGCUGGAAAACUUCGUGGCACCUUCCCGGCCAGCACACCCCCUGCUCGCCAUGGAGCUGCAUCUCCCUGCCAGGCUGAGUGGGGGCGCCUCACUGGAAGCAGCUCAGGCAACAUUUAGCCAUAUAGGUAACCUAGGGGUCCCGACCACUCCUGGCCCUACCCGCAGAAGGGAUUCUGUACCUGUGCAUCCAUCCUGCCUUGCCCACAGCUCAACUCCACAGUGCCCAGGGGAGAGGCUCGUGUAAGGUUGGCCUCCUGCAGCUGUUGGGCUGAUGGUAAGCUUUCAUCUCCCAGGACUUCAUUUUCCCCAUAGGUGAGAUGGCUAAAUAACACUAUUUAUAGAAAUGGGCCUUCGUGACAGAGGCAGCUUCCACAUAGGCCAGAGUAGAGUGUACCCUGGGGCGUCUUCUCCAUGGUCACUUAGCAGGGUCAGUCUGGAGAACCUGUUUGGCCAGGCAACACCAUGACCAAGGAGCCCAUGGGACUUGUGGCUGUGUUAACAUUCUCACACUCCCACUGCUUUUCCGGAGAGUAGUGCUACCUUCCUAUCCUCUGGAGCGCUCUCCUCCUGAAAUCCCCUCACCCUAGGCCUUUGCCAGCAUAUGCCCAGAUUUCCUUCACUGUUCUGAAACCCUCCUGAGUGGGCUGCUUUUCUUUCCAGAAGUCAUCCUGCCAUCCUCCCCGCCCCCACAGCCUGGGGCUGUGGCCACUUGCUUCCCAUGCACCUUGCUACACAGGGGACACUUGGAGGGUUUCUCUUAGCACUUUGCCCACCACCUCCUCGUGGUGCUUGCUGCAGAGAGUGCCUGGUUGGCCUAGUGGGGCCUAUCUCACUUUUCCAGGAGAUGUGACCUACUAACAUGUGACAAUUCUAACCCAAAAGCCCCUUAGACGUGUUACAGCAAAUCUGGAGCCAUAAACAGGUUUCCUCCCUUGGCAGCCCAUUGGGUUUGAAAUUCCAUGUUGAGUUUACUUAGAAUGAAAGAUACUUGAAUUGUUGAGUGCCUGUGAGCGCCCAACUUCUGUUUCACAGUAUUAACAGGUGGCCAUUGUCGUGAAACGAGAGUGAUCCCUGAAGAUCUCAAUGAUGCUUGAGCCUUUUAUGUAACUUUUUAUUAAGUCUUUGUGUAUCUUGACUCAUUAAUAAAGAA